GCCGAUCCACAAGAAGGGGGAUAAUUUGAGGUUGUUUCUGAGGGAGUUCGAGGAUUAUGCCUUCAGGAGGGAGUGAGACACCCCAACCAUGUUAUUCAAGGUAAAUGGUGUGGGGGGGUGUCAGUUGAAGAUUGAGGAAAUUAUCACCGACUGUCUGGGGUGGAUGACUUUCAAGACAGAGAUGUGGGCUGAAUAUGGGGACCUGAGGAGAAACGAAAUCGAGGAGGAUAUCAUCUUCGAUGAGACUAAUGUGGAGGAUUUUGAGGAGAGUAUUGCUCUGUGUGCAGAGAAGAAAUGGUGGAAGGAAGAGGAAAAGCUGGAACAGGUAAUGACGAGAGUGGACUCCAGGGAAUAUGAAAAUAUGAAGAAGAUCAAGGAGGAGUCAGAUACCUGGGGACGGUUUCUUGUCAAGUUUAGAAGAACCUACACUCUGGCCAUACAGAAACAGAAGAAAAGACAGUUACUUCAAGAGCAAGGAUUGUGGAUAGGGAGAAGAGGAGACAAGCUGGAAAGGAAAACUCGAAAGAAGAUUGAUGAGGAUGAUGUACCGCUCAGACAGGUGCUUGACAGAAAGAGAACAACAAUUCAGAAGAGAAAUGAAUCAGCAAGCAAGACCACAAGAGUACAAAAGAAGAGAAGAAACGAGGAGAAGAAGCAAAGCGAGGAAGAAGAAAAGGGAGAGAGGGAACAUGAUAUGAUGAGAGCGGAAGAAGGGAAGAAGGAAAUGGAGGAGGUAGCAAAAGAGAAAGAGGGCACAAAAAAGAAGAAGAAGAAGAAAAAAGAGGGAGAGAAGAGACCGGAUAUGGUGAGUGGAGAAGAGGGGAAGAAGGAAGUAGCAAAAGAGAAAGAGGACAAUACGGAGAAGGAAAAGGAGGAAGAAUAGGGGAAUCAAGCUGAGAGAGAGACUGGAGUGGCAGCAACUGAAAAUC